AUGGGGAAGACAGUAAUUACAUAAGAGCACUUGGCAAGCAUCUGUGUGGAGUCAGCUGGGCCCCGGCAGCCCUCCCUCCCCGCGCUGCUAGCCAGGAGCAGCUGAGGAUACAGAUAACCCAGCGCGGGACCCCUCCGGAGGGGACCGGAGGCUGCCUGCUCCGCGCUUUGCUUCCCUACCCUCUGCAGAGGAGCAGCUCCCCUCCGGUCCAUCCGCAAAAACCCAGCACUGCUCGCUGCUCCUGGAGGAGCCGUCAUCCCCUUGGAAAGGUCACCAUGGACACAAUUUACCUGCGCACACCCCUGACCCUCCUACUUCUCCCUCUUGUGCUUGGGGCACCCACUGAUGAGCCCAACCUCACAGAACCAGCCUCUGGUGCUUGCAAACGCUGUUGUGACCCACUGGACUCUUCCACAGAUGCCCCACGGCUCCCCCCAAGCCACCAUCACUUGCCUUACCCAAUGCCGGAGGUCCGUCCCUAUAUCAACAUCACCAUACUGAAGGGAGAAAAGGGAGAUCGGGGAGAGCCUGGGAUGCCAGGGAAAUGGGGCAAAGAAGGACCACGAGGUGAGAGGGGAGCCCAGGGCCAGAAAGGCAGUAAAGGACAGAUGGGCAUAGCAGGAGAUCCCUGCAAGCAUCAGUAUGCUGCAUUCUCUGUUGGUCGCAAGAAAGCGCUGCACAGCAGCGAGGGCUACCAGGUCUUGAUCUUCGACACUGUCUUCGUCAACCUCUACAGCCACUUUGACAUGUUCAAUGGCAAAUUCUACUGCUAUGUAGGUGGACUUUACUAUUUCAGCCUCAACGUCCACACCUGGAACUUCAAGGAGACCUACAUGCACAUCAUGCACAAUGAAGAAGAGGCAGUCAUCUUGUAUGCCCAGCCCAGUGACCGCAGCAUCAUGCAGAGCCAGAGCCUCAUGCUAGAGCUUCAGGAAAAUGAUGAGAUCUGGGUGAGGCUCUACAAGCGGGAGCGGGAGAAUGCCAUUUACAGUGAUGAUGUUGAUGUGUACAUCACCUUCAAUGGGUACCUGGUCAAGCCCAGCAUUGAGUAACUGCCUCUCCUCCUCCUUGGGGCCUCUUUGGCCUUUUCCUUCUUCCUCUCUCUCUCUCUCUCUCAUUACUGCCCGCAACCACUGCAAAUCACUUAGAAACGGGCCUUUCAAGUCUCAGGCACUGAGUGUGAAAUUUGCCGCACUGGCUCCCGCCUCACGCUCUCUUGUAGUCAGGCCUGUAUCUGUCCACUUACAGUGUGACACUACCAUCUCUUGCCCCCUCCCUCAUGACCCCAGCUUUGGUUAUUGGCUUCUUCUAAAUCUGCCAGUGAGCUGUGUCUGGCAUUCUGGGUCCUAGAGCAGGAGGAAAGCUAUGGUGCUGCUCUUGGGGAUGCAUCCCUCCUUGGAGCUUUAUACACAAAAGGCUGCUGUAGAAAGGGCUAGAAAGUCCCCACUGCCGGGUUCAUCCUGGCUUCUCUCCAUCCUAACUAGACAGGCCAGUUUUGCAGCCUGCAACACAGCUUUAAUGUCACCUCUCACACCUAUAGACUGGAGCAUGGACUGGGUUCUGCUGACCUCCUGUAGCACAAGGAAGAUGUGGGACUGGUGAGAGAUGGUACUGUCUUUCUAAAAAGGGGACUGAUGGCCUUCUGAAGUAUGGCAUUGGCUUUCCUUAGACACCCUGCUGGGUCACAGUGUCCAGGCUGGCUGUAAAAUCUGGGCCUGGUGGGAUUGUACUCCUCUGUGACAGCUCUGGCUCUUUGGAGAGAUGAAGGGUCAGACACUCAGCCAGAUGCUUCAGAGGCAUCUGCAUUGAGUCAGUAUAGUCCACCACUCUAUUUCCACUAGGGAUCAUAAGUACAGAACAAAAGAGACAACCCUACCAUACUUCCCUUCUAAACCUCCCGUGGGGUGCUAUUCGCUCUCAAUUCCCCAGCUGUGGGAAGCUAGUCCAGACAAUGAACUUGAAUCUUGUCUUUGGCAGAUGUGCCCCCAUGGCCUUCUACUGGUAUCACCAGUCACCCCGAGGUUUGCCGGUGCCUCCUGCAUGCUAUUACAGUGUCCUCCUGAAGGUGGUUCUCCCACACUGGUAUUGAGGGACCGUUGUUUCAGAGCUUGAGCUGGAGGCUGUAGGGGUAAUCACUGUUAAAUCAGUUCCACAGCUGGUCAGGUUGGCACUUCUUUGCCUCUGUGAUGGAAAAGAGAUAGAGGUGAGACUACAGCACCUCACCCCCAGGGUGAAAAAGCUUCCCUGCCAUUUGGUCUGUGCCCUUUACUGGCAACCUCAUCAGAGCAACUGAGAAAAGCAUGUGGCUAAAACAAACUUUCCCUCUUUUCAUCAGGUUGUAAAUAUCACAGUAGGAAAGGAAUGUCAGCGGUAGGUUUUUCUAGUACCAUUUUUACUGGUCUCACAUCCCUCUGGGAUUGCUGUUAUCCUGGGAGGAGCAGGUGAGGCUGACUCAGCACUUUGGGAAACCUAUAUCCACGCUUUGUGGUGCUCCGUAAACAUCAAUGCCGAGGGUUGUCUCUUUUUUGAGUCUCAAUACAGGACAAGCAGGAGAAACUAUUUCUCCACUGCCCACCACUGCUAAUGAAGUCUUUUGACUCAUCUAGCUUCUGCAGUCUCAUGAUUAGCUGUAAUCUGUGCCUGGGACUUCCAGAGCUCUCCCAUAGGAGAUACGCAUUGUUUUACAGGACCAGGUCCAGUACACUCAGCCCAGGCUGGCAAAGGCAGAAGUACCCAGGCUAAAUGUUAAAAAUGAACUUGAGAAAAUUUCCGGACGUUUUCUCUCUUACCCUCCCUGCUUUGCUAAGGAAGCUGUAUAGACUGGAAUGAAUUUCAGGCACUUUCUGCCCUGGAUCCUCCCCACCACUGUCACUUGAGGCAGUAGGUAUAACAGCAAGGUUUCACUGAGGCAAAGCUGGGUUUUUCCCAGGAAAACAUGUGAUGAUGGGAUCAUGGGAAUGAAAGGAGGCUGUGAGUUUCUUCCCCUCCCUUAGUAGGUCAAGCACGUGGAAUUGCUCAGAGGCAGGAUUUCAGGCCAUAGCAUGCCUGAAAGCAGCAUGCUGGAGGAGAUGCUCAGGUCCAAAUCCCUUUUUCUCUUCCUCAACUGGCUGCAAACCCAGGUAUUGUCUAUUUACAGAGUAUAGUGCCCCUGUGUCUCCCUGGAGAGAAAAAAGCCUCUCUAAGACACAAUAUCUCCAGAAACAAGCUUCCUUCUUCCUCCUUUUCUCUUUGGUGUUUGAAUGCCAGUGACAGGUCUCAUAAGCAGCCAGAUAGUGCCUGCUGCACAUGAGAGAGGAGGGCAGGGGGACCAAAGGGUGUGUUUAACAGGCUUCUUGGUGCUAAACAAGAUGGCAAACCCUUGGUGCUAAAUCAGAUUUCAGGAGUAUUGGGUGCUUUCUGGAAGGUGUAGUAGGCUGAGUUGUAAUGUACUGUGGAAUUAAUGGUGCUUUAUGUUACAAAACCAAACAAACUCCAAGAACUUUUGUAUAUAUUUUUUUUUCAGUGAUAUUAAACUUUUUUUGCUGUUUGUUUUGCACUUACAUCUGUUUUUUCCUCCCAGCCUAUUCCUUCUAUCUCUGGUUAUCACCAAACAGUGUGAUGGAAAAGACAGUGACCUGAAAGAGAUACGUACAAAGUCUAACUCAGUUCUGAAACUUCCCAUGGCAAUCCUUGGCAAUAUUCUGUUUACUUUGUGGAGAACCAUUACCCUAAAGAUAUUUAGGGUAAUUUCCUCUUUGCUGGGAAAACUUUAAACAAAUUCAAGGAAGGAUUCUUUGGAAAUUACCAAAAAAAAAACAGGACAAUACAAUGGUUUAUAGGAUUAGGGUUCAAAAAAUUAAUUAUACUGAGGAAGACUUGGCUAAUGCUGGGGUUCCCUUAAGGGGUAUCGGACUCUUGUGACAUUUUCACCACAUCCUUCUAUCAAGAACUUUGUAUGUGUGAGUGCUUUCUGUUUUCCCUGUGGUGUUUCUCUUUUAUUUGGGGUUUGAACUGAGGAGACUCCCGCUGAAGUGGAGAAGUGGACAAGAAAA